GUCGAGCCUUGUUGCUGGAUGACAUACACGUGCCACCGAGAGACGCAGCAAACGCUGGCAAUUUUGGACACCUUAGACAUGGACGCAGCCAGCAUGACUGAAGAAGAGCUGGCAAAGAAGUUCGGUUUUGAGGAAUCGUACCGCAGCGGAAAGCUCACCACGUGGCAACGGCUCAAGCCAAAGAUAUGGCUACUUUUCGAUGAGCCGUACAGCUCAAAUGCUGCAAAGGGUGUGGCCAUCAUAUCAGUCUUCUUCAUCGUCGUCUCCAUCUUCAGCUUCUGCAUCAAGACGCAUCCUGACAUGCGAGUGCCCGUCAUCUACAAUCGCACCUCCAUUCGCCUGCCCUCGCCUUCAACCGGCUGGACCUUGGACAAGCACAAAACGGACGCCCAUGAUGCCUUCUUCUACAUUGAGGCCAUCUGUAAUGCCUGGUUCAGCUUCGAGAUUGCCACUCGAUUUCUCGUAGCGCCAAACAAGCUGGACUUUACGCGCGACGCCAUCAACGUGAUCGACGCCGUGGCCACGCUGUCCUUCUACUCUGACCUCAUCCUUCAGUCGCUGGCCGCCAGUGCGCAGCUCUCCAACGCCGACAUUCUCGACUUCUUCAGCAUCAUUCGCAUCCUUCGGCUCUUCAAGCUGACACGCCACUCGAGGGGGCUGAAGAUUCUGGUGCACACUUUCAGGGCGAGCGCCAAGGAGCUUUUUCUUCUCGUUUUCUUUCUCGUGCUGGGCAUCGUCAUCUUUGCCAGUCUCGUCUACUACGCUGAGCGGUUGCAGGCAAAUCCGCGCAAUGACUUCAAGUCGAUUCCCGAGGGGUUGUGGUGGGCCAUCGUCACCAUGACCACAGUUGGAUAUG